AUGAUCAUUUCAAAAGAGAACAGAAAAAAGAUCUAUGAAAAUCUCUUCCGAGAGGGUGUAAUGGUUGCGAAGAAGGAUUACAAUGCACCGAAGCAUGAAGACCUUGACGUACCCAACCUUGAGGUUAUCAAGGCCAUGCAAUCGUUGACCUCGAAGGGCUACGUAAAUACCCAGUUUUCGUGGCAGUGGUAUUAUUACGUUGCCACUCCCGAGGGCGUUGAAUAUCUCCGUGAAUGGCUCCACCUACCACAGGAAAUCGUUCCAUCGACCUACAAGAAACAAGCUCGCCCGCCGCGUCCAGCUCAGGUUCGAAAUGAAGGUGCUUACCGUGCUCCUCGAGGUGACCGCGACGAUUACCGUCGUCGUGACAAGCCGGAGGGUGCUCCGGGCGAAUUCCGUCCCCAGUUUGCUGGCGUUGGUCGUGGUGCACCGAGAGAGUGA